GAUGCGGAUGCCGAGGUGGCGGCAGCGGUAGCGGCGGCGGCGGCGGCGGCGGCGGCGGCUGCCGCCGCGGAUGCAGAUGCGGAUGUGGAGACGGGCGGGGGCUCCGAGGGAAACCCGGACUUUCCUAUGGCCUCGCUCUAUGUGGGCGACCUGCACCCUGAGGUGACGGAGGCAAUGCUGUAUGAGAAGUUCAGCCCGGCCGGGCCCAUCCUCUCCAUCCGCAUCUGCAGGGACAAGAUCACCCGCCGCUCGUUGGGCUAUGCAUAUGUCAACUACCAGCAACCGGUGGACGCCAAGCGGGCCCUGGAGACCCUGAACUUUGAUGUCAUUAAGGGCAGGCCAGUGCGCAUCAUGUGGUCCCAGCGGGACCCCUCGCUCCGCAAGAGCGGGGUGGGCAACGUCUUCAUCAAGAACCUGGGCAAGACCAUCGACAACAAGGCUCUGUACAACAUCUUCUCGGCGUUCGGCAACAUCCUCUCCUGCAAAGUGGCCUGCGACGAAAAGGGGCCCAAGGGCUACGGGUUCGUGCACUUCCAGAAGCAGGAGUCCGCCGAGCGCGCCAUCGACGCGAUGAAUGGCAUGUUCCUGAACUACCGCAAAAUUUUCGUUGGGAGAUUCAAGUCGCAUAAAGAACGAGAGGCCGAAAGGGGAGCCUGGGCCAGACAGUCCACCAGUGCUGACGUCAAGGAUUUCGAGGAAGACACCGACGAGGAGGCCACCUUGCGAUGAAGACAUCCCAGGAGCGAGCCAGCCAGCAGAGCCAAGCCUUGGCUCCCACCCGGUUUACAACCCCCCUUUGCCUCCCCCACCCCCAACCCACCAGCAGUAUAUUGUAUUGGGAGUGCAGGUCUCUCGCUCUCUCGCUCUCGCUAUCUCGCUCUCUGUCCGUCUCUCUCUCUCCCCCCUUCCACCUUGCCUCCCUCCAUCUCUCCCUCCCUCCCUCUCUGUCUCUCUCCCCUGCCCUCUCGUGCCCCCUCCCCCUUCCCCCACACCCACCUUGGAUCUUGUGAAUAACCUUGCUAAUCUGUGCCACUUGAUAGGUUAAAGCCUGCCUCUUCUCCUUGUGGUUUGGUUUAAAAAGCACUUUCUCUCUUUGUUUAUUGCACAGGUGAUACAAUUUCAUGGUAGGAACAUCAGGAAGGAGAAGGAAGUCAGAUGAGGGAAAACCAAGAGAGCAAUUGCUCCCCAUGACCCUACUACCCAGAGACAACCACUUUUACCUUUUUGGUGUGCUCUUUAUCCAGGCUCUCUUUUCUCCCUCUCUCUCCUGCCCUUCCUCACCUCCCCCCCCCCCUUCACCUUCCCCUUUAACACACUGUUAUAGAAUGGUUCAUGUAUGUGGUGUUUCUUAACCUGCUUUUUCAAAAACAAAAACCAAACAAAAAUCAACCCACUGAACUCCUUUCCAUGUUAUUCAACAGGCUUCAGAAACAUAAUCUUCGGUGCCUGCAGAGUGUAUCAAUGGACCCUAUCGUUUCUGUAAUCAUUCCCGCAUUGUUGGACAUUCAGGUGGUGCCUAGUUCUUUCCGUGUUUAAACCCAGCACUGUGUAUACUCUGAUGAGUGAAUUCUUCCUUGUCAAGCCAAAUCUUCGCUAGCAUACCGGAUGAUCUUAAUUGUGGACUUGCAGGAUCCACAUGUGGACAUUUUAAAGACCUUUCCUGUGUGUUGCCAAAUGGCCCCUUCAUAAGCAUUGUACUGAUUUGCAUUCAUGCCAGCCAGCUCAGCUAGUAAAAAGAGUAUGCCCAUUU